AUGAAGCAAGAAAUCAACCCAUCAAAUAUGAAAUCGUCAUCACGUUCGUGUAUAUUUAUUGCUAGCAAUCCGAAUUCACCGAAUCAAAUUGUGAAUCUUAAUUCGCAACCUUUCAUUAAACCUGCCUUUCCACCCGUGGUAAAUGUUCGUGAAUUAAUGACUAAACAAUCCUCUGGGCGUUCAUCAGUUCGUGGACCAAAUGCAUUUAUUAUUUAUCGUAAAGUCUUUUUUGAGACUGCCCGAGAUGAUGGUUAUCAAUUACCUAUGACCAUUGUCUCAUCUAUGGCUUCUCAAUCCUGGGAGCAAGAGCCCGAAAUUGUUAAAGAAUCAUAUAGGGAACUUGCUAAAGAAGCCAAUAAAAUUCGUAACGAAAUUUCACCAAAAUUACCUCGACGUAAAAAGAGAGAACAAUGGAAUAUUGUCUCUUUCCAACAAAAGAGUAAAUCUUCUCUUAAAUCUUCAGGAACACAAAAACCUCAAAUUACACCUUGUCCAAUUACUCCAAUUACACCACCGAUGUCUCCAUUAGAAUCAAGCCCAAUACUUCCGGAAAUUUCCUUUGAUAAUACAUACCCUAUUUCUUCAGACAAUAGUUUUCCCAGCCUUGACACACCACUUAAAAUGGGAACAGAAUAUAUUCCAACUAAUAGUUUUGAUGACAUUGUCAGCUCAUCAAUAUUGCAACAAUUAGAGGACUAUAAAUGCGCAACUUUCGGAUGCAAUGACUAUGAUUCUAUUGAUACAGAUCAACGAUCAUUUACAGAUUCGCCUUCAAAUUUCUCAUGGAGAGAUUUAACAAACGAUUCUUUAAUCCCAGCCGAAGAUGUGGAAAUAUUUACCAAAAACGAAUCGGCUUUAAACACGACUUUAAAUUCGCAUGAUGAUGGCCUUGGGAUCUCUGAUUACUCGAAUUUUGCCACUAACGCUAAUGAAUAUAUUUUUAUGAAUUCUGAUCAAUCAUCUUGUUUAUUGAUUCCAAUUAUGGAUAUCGCGGAUGAUCCAGGAAUUACUUUUUCAUCGGACGGGUUGAGUUAUGAUGGUUCUUUCAAAUUUUAA